GUCGAUUGUAUUCUCUCACUGCCUUAUAUAGAGAUACUGUCGGAAGGUUUUUCGGGUGCCAUGAACAACGAACGUGGCCGACACAUGUUCCUGUGCAAUGGCGUUGGAGACCCGCAAUCAGGACGGCCUGGCUCGGUGCAGAGGACAUACCUUCGCUUGGCCAUAUCGACCAAAUUUCAGGCUUGUUCUUGGGCGGAUCGGACGAUAAUGUUCCAACUUUUUGGAUGGACUGACCUCACUCAAGAAAACCAUUCCCAGAUUUGCCACUCAGUACCAAAGUAUAUGCAAUCGUAAUUUUUCGCUCGAGCUCGAUCGUAUGGAGUGGUUUCUCCUGCGAACCCUGCUUUGAACGAUUGCAUGUUCAUCGGUGAAAUUCGAUUGUGAGCUACUGUGGGGGAAACACGACCACCUUCUCGUUCACGGGGAACUUCGUCACAGACACCCCGCAGCGUCCUUGACAUACUGAGAUAUCUUCUUCUUGAGGGCAAACUCUCGGGCGUCCUAUCACUACCGAAAACUCUUCACUCCCUCGCAGCUCAGUAUUUGCCUCGCCUGCGAUCGCUAUUCAGCCGUCGCCAACAUACUGAAGAGACUCUUCUAUUCUCAGCAUCCUUUAUCAUGACAUCCACCGCGCUGUCCUUCUCUGUUCCUGCACAGCUCUCCAACAUUCGCUUAUCCAUCCCAUACGCAAGAAUACCAACCACCCCACACCCGAACCCCCCGAGGACCUAAUUUGUCACACUUGCAAUAUCAUUGAGGGAUGACACAUUUCGGGCGCGUCGCUGUCAAGAUCAUUACCAUUUCAAGAGCAUACAUACAUACAAUGUAUGCAACCGAACAUUCCACGGGCAAGUGCGCCGCGGGUGACUCCAAGUAUGAAUAACCUCACAAGGAAGAACGAGACAUCGCUAUCUCUAUCUGAAUAUUCUCCGGAAGAUGCUGCACCAUCAUCGUCUUUGUUUCCUCUCGUAGCAGAGGAACUAUUGCCACCAACAACAUUGGCAGGUGCUGGGCCGAUUGUGCAAAAGCAUUUGCUCAUGUCAUUGUUUUACGUCUUCGGGUUCUCUGGAUAUAGUGUCUCGUGGUGGAAGGAAAUCGGGCUAAACUCAAAUCUCCAACUAGUCCUGAGUUCGAGGGCGUCCAAGGUCAAGCCAAGAGACUGCCUGGUUUGCAGCACUUCCCUUAGGCCCCUGAGGAAGUUUGAAGCCCACCGGGUAUUUGCUGCCAGCGUCUUGAACCGAACUCGAGCUACCGCACUGCUCUUCCUCACUGCAGACUGUGGCCUUUGGAUCCAACUGUGAAUGGCGAGGGCUCGAUGGGCGGUUGAAAUUACACUCUGAUAGGUCGGGAUUUGAUGUACUAG